AUGGCGUUGGACAGCACGUCUCACCUCCCAAAAGAAACGCUAGAUUUCGCACAUCGGAUGUUUGAUGCGGCGAGGACGGGAAAUUCAGAGUUGUUGCUCGCAGCUGUGGAUGCUGGGCUUCCGGUGGAUAUGAUGAACGACGACGGCAACACCCUCCUCAUGCUCGCCGCCUACUCCGGACAUCACACCCUCGUCCAAUCUCUACUCACCCGCAAAGCGAACCCAAACAAACUGAACGACCGCGGUCAAUCCCCCCUCGCCGGCGCGGUCUUCAAGGGCGAAGACGAGGUCGUGAAAGUGUUGGUCGAGGGGGGUGCGGAUCCGAGGUUGGGGACGCCGAAUGCGAUUGAGAGUGCGAGGAUGUUUGGGAAGGAGGGGAUGUUGAGGUUGUUUGGGGCGGGGGAGGGAGAGGGCGCGGGUGCGCUGUUGCCGGAUGGGACCUCCGUCAGCAUACGCAGGGGUCCUUGA